AUGCCAGGAGCCUUUUUUAAUCGAUUCGUGGACAAGAAGAUAAAAUGGAUAAAUGCUGUACCAAUUCUUGGACUGACAGACCCAAGACUCUGCUAUUUACUGGAUGGAUUCCUCUUCAUUUAUGCAGUCAUCAUGACAGCCCUUUUUGUGAAAGCGAAGCUUAGCCAGGCCUCUGAACCACAGCUGCAACCAGGCCAGGAUGAUGUGUAUAAUAAACUGUCUCGUGGACACAGAGAUGAGUAUGACGUUCUGGGGGCAAAGCGAGGUGCAGACCCUGAGCUCGGCGGGAGACACCAGCAGAGAAGAAAGAACCCUCAGGACACCGUCUACACUUCACUGCAGAAGGACAAGAUGGGCGAGGCAUACAGUGAAAUCGGAAUGAAGGGAGAGCAGCAGAGGCGGCGAGGCAAAGGGAACGAAGGUCUCUACCAGGGACUCAGUACAGCGACCAAGGACACUUAUGAUGCUCUCCAAAUGCAGCCUCUGCCCCCCCGCUAA